AUGGAAAAUCUGUUCCAAGUUGCCAUGAAAGGCAAGUGGGGAGAAGUAGAGAAAAUAUAUGAGAGGGAUCCAAGGUCUCACAAGAUGCCGAUCACAAGGACAGGUGGUACAGCUCUGCAUCUGGCAGUGGCAGAAGGGAAAGAAGAGAGUGUUAUUAAGCUGUGAAUGAGAUCUGCAAAAACGACAUGAGCACUGAAAAUGGUGAACGAUGGAGGGUAUACUCCUCUACAUCAUACAGCGUCAGUUGGGAACAAAAGAAUGUGUGAGUGCCUGGCCGAGGCUGAUCCUUCACUGCUUGGAAUCCGUAACAAGAACAAAGAGACUCCUCUCUUCAUUGCUGCUCUACAUGGAAAGAUGGAUGCUUUUCUCUGCCUACAUUCAGUGAUCAUUCGCUCCUCCUCCUCCUCUGACCACGAUUAUACUAGGAGACUCACCGCCGGCAAUACUGUUUUACAUGUUGCAAUCGCUUUCGAGUACUUUGAUUUCGCUUUCCAAAUAAUUCACUUGUAUAAGAAUCUUUGUGAUUCUAUGAAUGAGCAAGGGUUAACUCCACUCCAUAUUUUGGCCACUAAGUCAUCUGCCUUCGCAAGUGGUACUUACCUUCGACUAUGUAAGAGACUCCUUUAUCAAUGUCUUCUAUUCUCUUCAGCCAAUAAUAGCGAAUUAAGAGAUAUCUUCAUCGAAGAAGAAGAAACCACAAGAACUGAUAUAGAGAACCCAACUGGAAAAUGCCACAUAGGGUACCGAUCAGCAACUAGUCCUAGCAUUGAGUACUGUCGCACCUUUUUGCAGGCACUAAUGUGGGUUAUUCGUGUACUAGAAACCCAUGGGGUACUCAUCAAAGAAGGAAGAGAGUGGCUGAUAAAAACCUCAGAAUCUUGCUCUGUGGUGGCUGCACUAAUCGCCGGUGUCUCUUUUGCCACCUCGGCCUCCAUACCAGGAGGUACUAUGGACAACUGUGGGAAACCAAUCUUCAAAGCACGACCGGCUUUCGAAAUCUUCUCCAUGGCAUCUGUGAUCGCCCUCUGCUUCUCAUGCACUGCCUUGGUCAUGUUCCUGUCCAUUAUCACGUCUCGUUUUCAGGAAAAAGAUUUCAAUAAAAUCCUGCCAAGGAAGCUUUUGCUGGGCUUAACAUCCCUCUUCAUCUCCAUCGGCUCCAUGCUGCUUUGUUUUUGCGCAGGCCACUUCUUAAUGGUUGACGAUAGACUUAAAUACGCAGCUUUUCCAGUAUAUGCCCUCACAUGUCUUCCCGCUUCCAUUUUUGCUGCAACUCAGUUUCCACUCUACUUUGAUCUUGUUUGGACUACUUUCAAAAAUCCUUUUCACUCUUUGCAUCAAUACAAGUAA